AUGACUCCGUCUAUCCUGAUCGUCGGCGCUACUGGCAACACAGGCCGGGCUGUAGCUCGGACGUUGCCAGAGUUGAUUCGGUCAAGCAAUACUUUGACCGGGAGUCGUAUCAUUGCUCUCACUCGCUCCUCGAGUAGCCCAGUGGCACACGAGCUUGCCAAACUACCUGGAGUUGAAGUGAUCGAGCAGAACUGGGUUGAGAUUACCGCCGACUGGCUCCGUGAGCACGACAUUACUAGGGCCUUCAUUGCAUCCCACAACGAGCCCAACCAAUUUGCGGAGGAGUCAACCUUCUAUCUCAACGCCCUCGGCGCUGGCGUCAAGUAUGUCGUGCGAAUCUCGACUACGGCUGCAAAUGUGCGCCCGGAUUGCCCUGCGUACUAUGCACGCCAGCACUGGGCUAUCGAGGCUCUUCUCGGCUCACCUGAGUUUAGUGGCUUGCAAUGGACAUCUCUGCAGCCGAAUGUGUUCUCGCCACUCAUUAUGUCCCCUGCGGCGGAGUUGAUUAAGAAAUACCGCAAGACUGGAGAGCAAGACACCCUUCGGCUGUUGCUGUCAGAGGAUUCACCUGUCGGGAUCAUUGACCCCGACGAGAUUGGUGUUAUUGCAGCUCAUCUCCUCUCUCAAGAUGACACUGCUAGGCACAACAAGGCCAAGUACGUUUUAAAUGGACCCGAGGAUAUAACUGGAAAGCAGAUUGUCAACAUGAUAGAGCAACACAUCGGUGUGCCCGUCAAAGAUAUUAGUUACCAGGACGUUUCUUUCAUUGACAUGCUGUAUGAGUACCAAUAUGCGACAACCAAGCAAUCUAAGAAUGUCAUCUACUCAAUCAAACGUGCCCCCAAGACAGCGUGGGAAGGGAAAUGCUCAACUUCUACAACAAGCAAAGAGAUUCUGGAGCUUGCUGCUCCAAAACAAACACCUGCUAAUGUUUUGAAGACAUUACUAGAGGAGUAA